UUGAAGGCCCGUGCGCGCUCCUGUCGCUCCGCCGUCACCAUGGCGACCGCGGGGCUGCGCAUCGGAGAUCAGCUGGUUCUGGAGGAAGACUAUGAUGAGAACUACAUACCUUCAGAGCAAGAGAUCCAUGAGUACGCGGUGGAGAUCGGCAUCGACCCGGAGCGAGAGCCUGAGCUGCUGUGGUUGGCCAGAGAGGGGAUGGUGGCACCGCUUCCAGCUGAGUGGAAACCAUGUCAGGACGUCAGCGGUGAGGUGUACUACUUUAACUUCUCCACCGGUCAGUCCACCUGGGAUCAUCCGUGUGAUGAACACUACAGACAGCUGGUGGAGCAGGAGCGCGAGCGCAACCAACACGCCACAGCCCCCAGCUCCCUGAAGAGAGACAAGGACAAGAAGAAGAAGAAGAAGGACAAGAAAGACAAGAAGAAGGACAAGAGGAAAGAGCUGGAGGAAGUCAGAGCGCCAGGGGUGUUGGCUCCUCUCGCUCGUCUCCGUGGUCUGUCUGAUGCUCCUGUCGCUCCUCUCAGAGGGUCUGGACUCCAGCCGCUCAAAACCUCUCUCGGGGUAAAGCAGCACAAAUCUAUUGGAGUUGCUGUGUCUAGUUCUGCUGCUGUCAGGAGCCCUGAGGAAGACGAGGAGAUCUCUGAGGAAGAGAGGCCGCGGGACUCAGCCGGACUCCUGCAGAACCUUCAUCUGGAUCUGGACGCUCUGGGAGCAGGUCUGCAGUACGAGGACAGUGAGGUCAGUGUGACGGUUCCUCCUGAAGAAAGAACAGAACCUGAACUACAGGAUUUGUCCCUUUCCAGAGAUCACAGUCCAGAAGCUCCUUCAGAGGACUCGUCUGGAUGUCACCUCCGUUCCACAGCAGCUUCACGACCUCUGACCCCAGAUGCUGCGGUGUCCAGCGGCCGAGAGGAAGACGAGCAGAUGAGCGAAGGAGCGGAGGAGGAGAAACAGUCAGAUGAAGAGGAGAACGGACAGAUCAGAGAUGAAGAGACAGAGAACAGAGAGAGGGUGGAGGAUGAUGAACAGAUCGAGAGAUUCAACAGUCCUGAAGAGAAGGAGGAGAGAACAGAAGAAGAAAAAAGGAAAGGAAACAUAGAUGAGAACGAACAGAUCAGAGAUGAAGAGAUGCAGAACACAGAGAGCGAGGAGAUUGAGGAACAGAUCGAGAGAUUCAGCAGUCCUGAGGAGGAGGAGGAGAAGAACGUGAUGGAGGAGAGAACAGAAGGAGGAGAUCAGACAGAGAAGAGAGAUGAUGGAAACAUGGAAGAAGAGAUGACUGAAACACACAAAUGGUCCAUUAAUGGAGAAGCAGAGGCCAUCAGAAGUGUUUCCUCUGAGGAAGAGAAGCUUCCAGAGCGUCAGGAGAGUGAGGCAGAGGAGGAUAAAGAUGAGGAAGAGCAGAGAGAGACUGAAGGACUCGUCUCAGAGGCUCAGAGCGACGCCUGUCAGAGUAACAGCUCUCGCCUUCAAGUCACUCGUGUUAAAGCAGGGAAGUUUGUGCCUCAGUGGAAUCCAGUGGCCAGUGAGCAGUCUGAGGACAGUGAAGCAGCAGCGUCGCUCUCAUCCGCUGAUAAUGUGCAGGACAGGAAGGAAGCCGAGGGCGAGGCAGAUGUGGACAGAUGUGUGGAUGUCUCUGACUCUGCAGACAGGCAUUUGUCUCGUGAUGAAGAAGAGAAGAUGAGACGAGAAGAGAGAGAGGAAGAGGAGAAGAGAAAGUAUGAUGAAGAGGAGAAGAAAAGACAAGGAAAUAGAGAUGAAGAGGAGAAGAGAAAGUGUGAGGAAGAGGAGAAGAAAAGACAAGGAAAGAGAGAUGAAGAGGAGAAGAGAAAGUGUGAGGAAGAGGAGAAGAAAAGACAAGAAAAGAGAGAUGAAGAGGAGAAGAGAAAGUGUGAUGAAGAGAAGAGACUAGAAGAGGAAAAGGAGAAGAAAAAGCAUGAGGGAGAGGAGAGGAAGAGGCUGGAGGAUGAGAGGAGCAGACCGAUGGAGGAGCAGAGGGGCAGACAGAUGGAGGAGCAGAGGGGCAGACAGAUGGAGGAGGAGAGGGGCAGACUGAUGGAGGAGGAGAGGGGCAGACCGAUGGAGGAGGAGAGGAGCAGACCGAUGGAGGAGGAGAGGGGCAGACCGAUGGAGGAGCAGAGGGGCAGACAGAUGGAGGAGCAGAGGGGCAGACAGAUGGAGGAGGAGAUGGGCAGACUGAUGGAGGAGGAGAGGGGCAGACUGAUGGAGGAGGAGAGGAGCAGACUGAUGGAAGAGACACAGAGGAGACUGCAGCUGCUCAGAGACGCUCUGAUGAAGGACGAGGAGGACGAGGAGUGCCGGAUGAAGGAGGAGAGCGCUGAGCUGCUCAGAGUCCUGAAGGAGCAGAUGAUCAAACAGAGACGAGACGAGGAGGAGCAACUGAACAACGACAUGCACACACAGCUACAGCAGCUCAGGCUUGAGAAUGAGGUGAAGCUGCAGGAGCUGCGUUCAGAGCUGGAGGCGGAGCAAGAGAGGGCGGAGACUCAGAGGAGGCAGGAUCUCAAGCGCCUGAGGGAGGAGUCAGAGGAGGAGCUCCAGGCAGAGAGGAGGUGGCUACAAGAGAAGGAGCAGCUGACCUACAGCAGACUACAGGUGUGUUUAACACUCUUUUGUGUUUGUCAGGAUAAACUGAGUGACACACAGAAGGAUUUGAGGAGCACACGACCAGAACAGCCUUUAGCAGAGUACCAGAGAGAGCUCACAGAUGUGCUGCAGGAAGUCCGGGAGGAAGUCGAGAGAGAUCACAGGAGGAAACUAGAACAGCUGAAGGAGGAACAUCAACAGGAGCUACAGAACCUGAGAGAGACACUCCUGGAGCAGGAGAGCAGGGAGCGGGAGCAUCUGCUGGAUUCUCUUCAGAGGGAGAGAGACGCUGUGAUCUCUAAACACACAACACAGCUACACAAACUACAGCACACACUGGACACACAGCUGCAGGAGAUGCGCAGGACACACUCGCAGAAGGAGUCAGAGCUACAGGAGUGGAAGGAGAAGCUGGAGAAACAAACCAAAGAACUUCACACUCAGGAGACUGAACUGCAGUCAAAGGCAUCAGAUCUGAGGAAGAGGAGACAGCAGCUGUGUGAGGAAGAGGAGGACCUUCAGAGAGGACUACAGUCUCUCCCUCUGCUGCUGAAGGAGCGUGACGAGCUGUGUGAGGAUCUGCGGAGAGAGAGACAGGAGCGAGAGCGACAGAGAGAGGAGAGCUGCAGGAUGAUGGAGGAGAGACAGCAGCUGGAGGAUAGAGUCACACUGCUGCAGGAGCGAUGUGAGCAGCUCACCUCCAGAGUCAGUGAACUGGAGCAGAGCAGCAGAGCGGAGCGACAUCAGCAGCAGGACGAGCAGAAGAAGAGCAAGAGAAAGACAGAGAACGGUCUGCGUUUGGAGGAUCUGGAGGCUCCACUGCUGCGGUCAGACGCCAGCGACACCAGCGUAGACGACGUGAGGCAGUACAUGUGGAAUGAGAGCGUGUCUCUCUUCAGGGCUCGUCAGUUUCUGGAGCGGCAGAGCUCUCACAUGUUUGACAGACAGGCAGCGCUGCGGGCGGCUCACAGCAGUCUGAAGGACCCCACGCCUGGGAGCUCAACACAACAGCAGCUCUACCACAACCUGCAGCAGGAGGUGAGGGAUCUGGCGGAGUUGAGGGAGACACUUCUGAAGGGUCAAACGCUCCUGAAAGAAAAAGAGGAGAAACUCAACCAUCUCGAAACAUCACUGACCGAAGAGGUGUCCUGCGAUGAUGCUGAGAGGUCAGCUGAUCGUAAAGUGACGUUUGAUGUGACCGAGUCAGAGAUGAGCAGUGUGUACAGCCCAGAGGGAACAGUUCCAGUGAAGGUGCAGCAGCUGGCCGACUCUCUGCAGCUGAUCUCAGGUCAGCUCAACUCUGUGUUAGGAGCUUUGGGUUCAGUAACACACAAACAGACUCCGCCCCCUCUGACAACACCCCUUCUGCCCCGCCCCUCCUGGGCGUGGCCUACACCCCCCUCCCCGUCACUGGCCAACAGACUCUCACACAGAGCCACAGACUCACUGCAGACACGCUGGAGCGGCCUGAGCUCAGAAACCAGCAGAGCGCACAUGACCUACUCAGGAUACACACCACCAAGUCUGUCAAGUCUGCGUCCAUCAGAGGUCGAGGGUCAGCGGCUGCAGGGUCUUAUUGAAGGAAACAAACGCUGGCUAGAGGCUCAACGGAAGAACCGCAACAUUCCUCUGUUCCUGAGUCUCAGGAGAGCGUCCAGCAGCGGAGGGUUAGUUCAGCUCAGCCUCGAUGACAACAACCAGAUUAAAGUUCAUCAUUACUGAAGCUGAAGCAGUGUGUGUGUGUGUGUGUGUGUGUGUGUGUGUGUAAGAUCUCUGCAGGAUUUAUAUGCUUACAAACUAUUUAGUUUGCAUUCUCAUUUGUAU